CUCAUUACUUCAGUCUUUUUAAUCAUCUACCUGCUCAGAAAUGAAGAAUACAGCACAGUGCAUUCCCUAACUGCUAUCUGGAAGGAUGUGAUAUUGAAAUUUUGGUUCUCUCUUUCACUUACUGGGGGUGUGGCAUACGCUCUUGUGUUGAAAUCAGAGGCUUGAGAUUUGCGAAAGACAAUAUCUGCCAACAGCAGACAAUUUUUGCCAACAGCAAAACCCGAAGUUCUGGGGAAAAUGCAGACACAAUCGGAACAAAAUCAAGAAGUUACCACACCGCUUUAUUUAAAUGGAAGUACACCAAGCAUAUCAACCCCAGAUGCAAGCUUGUGCAACAGCCUACAGUGUUACAUGGUCCUGAACGAAACAGAGAAGGCAGCUAUUAGCUCAAUCUGCUUCAUAGCUGGCCCUGUGACAUUCCUGGAAAACAUUUUGGUCCUUUUGGUCAUUGCAAGCUCCACUACUCUGCGCAGACGGCCAUCAUAUCUGUUCAUCAGCAGCUUGGCACUGGCCGACACCUUUGCCAGCUGUUUCUUCACCUUCAGUUUUCUAGAUUUCCAUCUUUCUAAUCAGAGGGAUGGCCCUAAUAUCUAUCUGUUCAAGCUGGGUGGCGUCACAAUGGCUUUCACGGGCUCUGUGGGAAGCCUGCUGCUGACAGCGCUGGACCGUUAUCUCUGCAUCUACAAGCCUUCCAAUUACAAGGUGCUUCUCACACGCACUAGAGCCAAGCUGGCUAUUGUAUUAUUAUGGUGUGUAACGAUUUUAAUUUCAUUUCUUCCUCUGAUGGGUUGGAGGUGCAAAACCAAGUUUGAUCCUCCAUGCUCUCGUCUGUACCCUUAUGUGGAUCGUCACUACCUGGCCUUAUGGACGGGCCUACAACUUGUGGUGCUCUUCACUAUCAUAGUGGCUUAUGUUCUCAUCCUGUGGAAAGCAAAUCGUCAUGAAACCGCUAUGGGUGGACCUAAGUCUGGGAGGCAGAGCGUGAAAGGACAGGCUCGAAUGCGAAUGGACAUUCAGCUUGCACGUACCUUCAGUCUGAUUCUCCUUAUCCUUGCUGUUUGUUGGCUACCUGUCCUGUCCUUUAUGAUGGUGGAUGUCACAGUGACCCUUACAAAAGAACAACAACGAAUGUUCGCUUUCUGUUGCACACUUUGCCUGGUCAACUCGUGUGUAAACCCGCUUCUAUAUGCCCUACGCUGCAAAGAUCUGAGGGCAGAACUGUUUGCAUUGUUAGCAUGUCGCAAGGCAUGCAGGCAAUGUUUGUUGGGAAACACUAGUGGCCAAAGAAAGCAAAAUGGUUCUGGGAUUAGAAAAAAGGUUAAAGAUCAGGCUGUUAGUGAUAGUAACCCAGAAACUGUUUCUGAAAGCGUAGACAAGCAGUAAAAGAACACAUAUAUAUGAUUUUAAGUCCUUUUGUAUUAAUCAUUUGCCAACUUUUAAUACAUUUGAUAUAUUUAACAAAAUGUACUUCUGGAUUAUAAUUUAGGUUAGCACACAUUGAAUUAAAUAUAAUAGAUGUAUAUAGUUUUUGUAUGUUUCAAAAUUCCAGAAAACAUUGUUUUGGGAUAUGAAAUUGCAGGAUAUCAAAUAAAUAGCAGUGAAAUUUUCAAAUGAAGAAUGUUUGUAUACUAACAAAGAACUUAAGAAUUUACACGUGUGUGUCAGAACUAUG